AUGGCGGUCACUGAAUUAGCUCUCCUCCGCCUCAAGAGCGAUUCAUCAUCAACAACCAACGAAGCAUUAACGGAAGUUCAAGCCGCACAAGCAGCAUAUUCUGGCUAUCCAGUUACGUUCUUGCGACAAAUCGAAGAUCCAAGUCUCCUUUACCUUUUAGGUGGCUGGGAAUCGGUCGCAAAACACAAUGAGUGGAUUGCAUCGGAGACAAACCAGAAGUUCCUCGAACAACUGAAAAAUGAUGUCGAGGUGGAGUGGAUGUUUCACUACAACGUGAAUCCAUCCGGGUCCAGUAUCCCCUUAAACGCGCCUAUUAUCGCGUUGACUAGAUGUUUCGUCGAGCAGAGCAGGAAGACGGAGUUCGAUCGAGUUCUCGCCACAAGUGCACCCGCGCUAGAGAAGCACACGAAACCGUUCUCAUGCGGUCGGGGUUGGAAGGUUGAUAAGGUGGCCGAGGAUGAGGAAUUCAUUCUGUUCUCUGGGUGGAAUACUGUCGAGGACCACUUCAGUUUCGCGAAGACGGAAAGUUUCAAAGAAUUUGGGAAAAUACGAGAAUUAUUGACGGGUUCAGAAGUUAAGCAUAUGAAGGUGGAAAAGGUGAAAUCAUUUUGA